AUGUCGCAUCAGCUUGUGCUCGGCGUCGUCGCCAAUUCGGACCCCCUGGGCCACCUGGUGCUGCCGCUCUCCAUUGCUGGCUCAGCUGUUAUUGGGCUUCUCUCUCUGCCUGCUGUGUUUGCUCUUCUUGCUCAGAUUCGCAAUCGAACCCCAAAGGACAACUUUUACCAAGAUAUCGAUGGUACCAGUACACCCGAGGCCGUUGCUUCUUUCUCCAAUAAAUGGCCCAAAGUUGCGAUUCUUCUCUUGUCCCUGACAAGCUUCGGUCCAUCCCUUGCCCUGUCCGUCCUAUCCAGCCUUCGCCUAAAGGAAGACGACUUGUUUGUUUCCAACUGGCUGAUUUCCGCUGCUCUUGCCACCAUUGCCAUCCAGGCCAUUUGCAUCUUUGCUCAUCGGUCUCCAGUCAAGUCCCAUGAUCUUGGCAUUUGGGCAUUCCAUUCGACCUGGCUUAGCACUGCAGUCCUUAUUCUCCAGUCUCUCCACGCUUUGCAGCUGGGAGCUUCUAAGAACGACACCGUCUUCAUUCUUCGGCUGGUCAGCUUGGGGGCUACCAUUCCGUUGCUAUUUGCUACCAUUUCGCUCCCGCGACGGCCGGAUAUUUUCCACAAUGACAAACCGGUGGACGCACAAUUCACAUCAUCUGUCCUGAGCCGAUACACUUGGUCCUGGGGAGAAUCCAUAGCAAAGCUGGCUGCGAAGAAGGGUGAUCUGGACGAAAAGGAUGUUCCGGGGCCUGAUCACAACUUCAGAGCUCGUGAUCUGGUCGACGAAUGGCGCAGCUUUGAAUUCAAGGGCACACUCCUCAAGAACCUUCUUCGAGCUUACUUGCCUCUUUUCCUGUUCCAAUGGACUGUCACAGUUGCCCGCUCUGUUGUUGGCCUGGGACCGUUUUGGGCCAUGUUGCGAGUAAUUGAGCUCUUAGAACGACGAUCAGAGGAACGGCCAAUGGGCCAAAUAUUGGCGUAUAUUCUCUCUCUUGCCAUUUUCUCUCUCCUUGGACAGUGGAUGCAAGGAUGGGUCAACUGGUUUUCGAUGUACAAGACGUCCAUCCCUCUCCGAGGCCAGCUUUCGGCUCUUAUUUUCGAAAAGUCCUUGAAACGUAAAAAUGUCAAAAUGGCGGAGAAAGAACCGCCAAAGACAGACGACGACGAGGCCCAGAAAGAUGACAAGAAAUCCGAGGAAGAAGAUACCGUUUUGAAGUCGCGCCAGGCCAUCGUGAACCUUGUCGGUGUCGAUGUUCGACAUGUAUCCAACCUCGCCGCUUUCCAAUUUUUUAUCAUCAGCAGCUUCGCAAAUCUUUUCGUUUAUUGCGGAUUCCUCCUAAAAUUGAUCGGUUUCUUGCCCUUCGCUGCUGGCAUUUUGGCCUGGGCCCUCGUCUUGCCAAUCAACACUUAUUUCACAAAGAAGUACAUGAAAUGCCAGGCCAAGCUCAUGAAGGAUCGUGAUGCCAAGCUAGCUGUUGUCAACGAAGCCCUGCUGGGCAUGCGCCAAAUCAAGUUUUCGGCUUUGGAGAGUCAAUGGGAGAAGCGUAUUCAAGAGAUGAGAGAGCAGGAGCUUACAACUUUGAAGAACACUUUUAUCGCUGAUUCUGUUUUGUUCGGAUGCUGGGUCAUUAGCCCAAUUUUCCUUGCCGCCGCUUCGCUGGUCGUCUACGCCAUUUUGCAUGGUGACCUGUCCCCGUCGAUUGCUUUUGUCAGUAUCAGCAUUUUCAAGAGCCUUGAAGUCACUCUUGGAGCUCUGCCGGAACUCCUUACCACUUCUGUUGAUUCACUUGUCUCAAUUAAGAGAAUUGAUACAUACCUUAGCGGCCCUGAGAUGAAGAAAAUUCUGUCCGAAGGACCAGAUGUGGCGUUCGACAAUGCUACCGUUUCCUGGCCUGUCGAUGCUGAAACCCCCGACGAAGAUCGCUUCAUUCUCAAAAAUGUCAACCUGUCUUUCCCUGCUGGAGAACUGUCCGUUAUAUCUGGCAAAACUGGAACAGGAAAGAGUCUGCUGCUUUCCGCCAUCCUCGGCGAGGUUGAUCUUCUAAACGGAGCCAUCUAUGCGCCACCAACUGCAGCACCUCUUGAGCGUAAUGACCACAAAGCUCAUCCUGGAAACUGGAUUCUUCCUGGCAGCAUUGCAUACGUGGCUCAGACACCUUGGCUCGAAAGUGCAUCUUUCCGAGACAAUAUCCUGUUCGGUCUCCCCUUUGACGAGCCCAGAUACCAAAAAGUCCUUGAAAUUUGCGCACUGAAGAAGGAUCUCGAAAUCUUACCUGAUGGUGACAAGACGGAGCUUGGAGCUAAUGGAAUCAACUUGAGUGGCGGCCAGAAGUGGAGAGUAACAUUGGCCCGAGCCAUCUACUCACGAGCCGAGAUUCUGGUUAUGGACGAUAUUUUUAGCGCUGUUGACGCCCAUGUUGGUCGACACAUCUUUGAAAAGUGCAUUACUGGUGAUAUCUGUGAAGGACGCACCCGAAUUUUGGUUACUCACCACGUGGCGCUUGUGCAAUCAAAGGCCAAAUACCUGGUUGAACUUGGCGAGGGCACUGUUUUAGCAGCUGGCCUGACAUCUGAGCUUGCUGAGGACGGCACUCUCGAACGGAUCAAGACCCAUGAACAAGCCCCGGAGGAGAUUCAGAGGGAAGAAGCGGCUGCUGAGGCCUCAACAGCGGUCAACUCGGAAGACGGAUCUCUUACUGGCGUGGAUGGAAUCUCAACUGAAAGCACCGUAGAAGGAGGAGAACCGGCUAAAGAUAAGGCUGCCAAAGACUUCAUUGAGAAAGAGACUCGCGAUAAAGGACAAGUUAAGAGCCGCAUCUAUCUGACCUAUCUACGGCACAGUGGUGGCUGGAUAUUCUGGAUUGUCCUCGCCUUGCUAUUCACCAGCUUCGAGGUAAGCAACCUCGCUCGCAAUUGGUGGGUGAAAAUCUGGACUUCAGGAAGUGAAAGCCAAGUCGAUGUGAUGCAUACAUUUGAAGUUGAGCAGAAACAUGGCCUUGCUUAUGGUCUCACUUUGGAGCAUAGCCCUUUCCAUGUCACUUCUUCCAAUCUGCGGAACACCCAGUCGGGAGAGCACGGCGUAACCUAUUACCUGUUGGUCUAUGUUGCUCUGUCGGGCGCCAGCGCCAUUUUGGGAACAAUUCGAUUCGUCUGGUCUUUCAUCAUGAGCAUCAGGGCUAGUAGGACCCUUUUCAACCAGAUUCUCUUUACGGUUCUCCGAACUCCUCUGCGGUGGCUUGACACAGUCCCUGUCGGCCGGAUUCUUAACCGCCUCACAUCUGAUUUUGACAUCAUCGACAAUCGCCUCAACCUUGAUUUCGGAAUGGUGCUUUGGCGUGGUUUGGGCCUCGUGGGCAUCUGUGUUGCUGCUGCUCUCGUUUCGCCCUAUAUCCUUCCCAUGGCAUUCGUCUUGGUCUUCUUCGCUACUUCGGUAGCCACACGAUACAUGGCUGGUGCUAGACCUAUGAAGAGACUUGAAAGCACAUCCAAGUCACCCGUCUUUGAGCAGUUCAAUGCGACUUUGUCGGGCGUUGCGACUCUUCGAGCCUAUCAAAAGACUCAGGUAUAUGUGGAUCGUAUGCAUGGCCACCUCGAUACCUGGGACUCUGUAAGCAUUUACGGUGCUCUGUUCAACCGAUGGAUGGCCUUCCGCAUGGCCCUGAUCGGCACUGCCUUUAGCUCCAUCGUCGGCAUUGUUGUUGCUCUGUCUCCCUACAUUGACGCCGCCAUGGCUGGUUUCACUCUGGCGUUUGCUGUUGACUUUUCCGGUAAUAUUCUCAUGACUCUUUGGUGUUAUACCAACUUGGAGCUGGAUAUGAAUGCUACUGAGCGUGUUGUUGAAUACGCGGACCUCAAGACGGAGCCGCUGGGCGGAGAGAAGGCUUCUGCGGCUUGGCCUACAUCCGGAGAUAUCGAGGUCAAGGAUCUUGAAGUUGGCUAUGCUGAAGACCUUCCAGCUGUCUUGAAGAAUGUUUCAUUCAACGUAAAGAACAACGAGAGAGUUGGAGUUAUUGGUCGUACUGGCGCUGGAAAGUCAUCGCUUACCCUGGCCCUCUUCCGCUUCUUGGAGGCUCGAUCUGGAACUAUCUUGAUCGAUGGCGUAGACAUCUCCAAGAUUGACCUUCACAGCCUCCGCUCUAAAUUGGCCAUCAUUCCUCAGGACCCUGUAUUGUUCUCUGGCUCUGUCAGGAGCAACCUCGAUCCCUUCAAUGAGCGUACUGACGAGGAACUCCGCGAGUCGCUUCACCGUGUUCACUUGGUCGACUCUCAACCAGUCACGCCAGCCAACGAGCCAUCCUCCGCCGCCGUUUCAACUGCAUCUCCAGUCAACGCCAACAUCUUCCGUGAUCUCUCAAGCGGCAUUGCCGAGUCUGGCGGUAAUCUGUCCCAAGGCCAGCGCCAGCUCCUCUGUAUGGCCCGCGCCAUUGUUUCACGGCCCAAGAUCAUGGUGCUCGACGAGGCCACCUCGGCCGUGGAUAUGGCAACCGACACUCUUAUCCAGCGCAGCAUCCGCGAGGAGUUCACUGACAGCACGCUCAUCGUGAUUGCGCACCGUCUUAGCACGAUUGCGGAUUUCGACCGUAUUCUUGUGCUUAGCGAGGGUACUGUGGCGGAAUUCGGAACGCCAAAGGAGCUUUGGGAAAAGGAAGGGAGCAUUUUUAGGGAUAUGUGUGAGCACAGUGGUGAGAAGGAUAAACUACGCGAAACGAUCUUGGGGAAAUAG